UUGUCCUCCUACAGCGAAUUCGGUCUGUGAAGAAACACGGCUGAUAAGAUGCGCUUUUUAUUGGACCAUACUCGGAUGGCUGGUCGACACGACAAAGUCCUUCGACACACUCUUACUCCGUGAGUCCAGGCCUGACCAUGGCGGAGAUAAGCGAGUCUUUCUCCAGCUUGUUUCCCCCGCCAUCAUUUACAUACAGUACCUCGUACCUGUGCGUCCAGUACUUGUACAAGUCAAGUCAGAACUUCGUUUCCAUCUCUUCGACAAACUCGCUGCCACUAUCUACUGAAUGUCAUGCACGGAGGAAUAUACGUGCCCACUCAAUACCUGAAAAACGGAAGAGAUCAUCCUGAUGGUGAAGAAAUCCCACCGGCCACCGAGGACACCGGUUGAACCAUAAAAACGCCUUCGCGUAUCUCCGACUGGCGACUUGCACCAGGGCGCCGGGCCGGGUGUAUUUCAACAGAUUGACCAUCCAUUCCCAUCCGGUUUCCCUCUUCCAGCAAAGGCGCUCAAGUUCAGCCAGUUGUAGAUCUAUACACAUAACAUACUCUCUUUACGAGUAAGCACACUGUGUACGAGGAUUCUGACAAUGCCUUCUUCAUCACAUGCACAACCACCCCAUAUCCAGCGACUUGUCCAGAAAAUCCAGCGAGAUCCUGGUCUGCCGGUCGAGAAUGCAACCACUCCAUUCUGGCUGGAGCCAGUGGUUCAACAUGCUCAUCACCAGUCGCCUUCUCUUUCACAGACUGCAGAUGUCGUGAUUCUUGGCUCCGGUAUCACCGGCAUAAGCACGGCUCUGCACCUGUCGCGUAUCGCGCCCGAGCUGAAGAUCGUGAUGCUAGAGGCUAGGGAUCUGACAUCUGGUGCCACGGGCCGGAAUGGAGGCCAUAUCAAGGCUGUUCCCUGGAAGGACUACGGCGACAUCAAACAGACGUUAGGUCGGGAGAGCGCCAUCAAAAUCACUCGUUUUCGACUGGCCCAUCUGCCGGCUCUCCUAAGCGAGGCCGCUUCAUUGGGAGAGUCUGGUAAGGCAGGCUUGGUGAGACAAUUGGAAACACUCAUAGCCUGCUACGACCGAGACGUAUGGACUCAGGACAAGAAGAAGCUGAAAGAGUUCCUUGACGACAUGCCGGAGGAACAAGGAAAGUGGAACGUGCACGAAGAUCCUUCGGAUUUGAAGAAACUAGGACUGGCAGAGAACUGCGUCGGUUGCAUCUCAGGACGCGCAGGAGCAGCCUGGCCGUACCGAUUCCUCGGGGCCGUCAUAUCAAAUCUUCUUCAAAAGGGGGCCAUCAGCCUGGAGACACACACACCCGCCCUUUCCAUCAGUAAACACCAAGCAUCUUCUCCGUACCCAUAUUGCGUUCGGACAGGCAGAGGAUCCAUCCAGACCAAACACGUCGUCCAUUGCACCAACGGUUUUGUCGCCCACCUCAUCCCGGGCUUAAGAGGCAAAGUGUGCCCUCUUCGUGGUCAGAUGACGGUACAGUCCGUCCCGGAUGACUUCCCCCGGUACGGUGCCAAGCAUUCGUGGAGCGCAAUCUGGGACCGAGGAUUCGACUACAUUUGUCAGUCUCCAGCCGCGGAUGGGAGCCUUUACUUUGGCGGAGGCGCCUUUCGAUCCGGCCUCGAGAACGACCAGGAAAUCGGCAAUGUAGACGACAGCCGACUCUCACCACAAUGCCUGAGCCACUUGGAGACCGCCGCGGGAAAAGCCUUCCUCGGGGGCGAGGGUGCUCGCAUCUCCAAGAAGUGGACCGGGAUCAUGGGUUUCACAAUGGACGGGUUACCCAUUGUGGGCCGUGCAUCGAGGCACGUCUCUAUGAGAGACGAAUGUCGCGCGGAUCAAGGUGGCGAGUGGGUCGCUGCUGGGUUCAACGGCUACGGCAUGGUUCACAGUUGGCUCAGUGGGAAAGCGUUGGCCUUUUUGAUUCUUGGACGAGACUCCGAAGUACGUGGCUGGUUUCCCGUCGAAGAGUUUGCCUGCAGUCAAGGACGCCUGGCCAGGAUGAGCGCCACCGAAUUUCUGGGCCAUUUCGGAGGAGGUGUCUCUCCAGAAAGUCAUUCGCCGUUGUCCAGCAAGUUAUAGUCGCUUGUUGCAAAGUCAAACAGACAGAAUUUCUCAUUUAACAAAGGUGUGGUCUGCUGGUCCAAAGUCUCUCCGCGCCCAAGGUCCCUGUCUGUCUAGUGUACAUCUUACUUUGGCAAGCUAGUCAAGGUGGUGCCGCCUCCAGAACAAUUUUCCCAAUCUUACAACACGUU